UGCUUAUUUCCUAUAGGCUUAUAGCGAGGGUGAUUCCGCCUUAACAGGUUGUAUCACCGACGACAGGCUUCAUGCUUUAUGAAUGCUCAACGCGGGGGGCAUCGGCAGGAGAAUCCGGGGAGAUUGAACAUGGCGACAAAUAUGAUCUCAAGCACAAUUGUUCCUGAGGUUCUUAGAAAUGACAAUUAUGCGACUUGGAGUGCUUGUAUUAAAAACUAUUUCUUGGCUCAAGAUCUUUGGGAUAUUUUUGAAACUACCACAAAACCUUCAGAAUCAGAAGAUUGUGCAGUGGAAUUCAAAGCUUGGAUGAAGAAGAAUGCUGCAGCUUUGCAUGCGAUUCAAAUUUCAUGUUCGGUGGAAAUACUAUCUCAGAUCAAUCCUAUCAGUUCUGCCAAAGAUGUUUGGGAUAGUUUGUAUAAAUUAAUGAACCAACCACCAUCGAAAGGAGUUAACCCAAUGGCUGAGAAGGGAAACUCAUCGAAUAUCUCAUCUAGUGGUAUUCAUGGGGAUAGAUCAACGACUACACCUGAUCAAAAGGUUGAAGUAGGAAGCUCCUCAAACAAUCCAGAUAUUGCUUUGGACUUAAUAAAAAAAUAUCCAGAUUUGGCGCUUACUCCAGACAGAUCAGGCCGCUACAGCCCUAUAUUCGCGUUGGCUUCUAUGCCAACUUCAUUCCCGAGUGGAAAGCCGCUCGUGUUUUGGAAAAAAUGGAUCUACUCUUGUAUACACAUUCAACUGGAAAAUGGUACAAGUUAUACCAAUAUUGAAGUUCAAGAGGACGAGGAAUGCCAAAGCAAUGAAGUAAAAACUAACAGAUCAUCAGACCAUGGAAAAAGGCAUAAAGGUAAUGUUAAUGCAGCUAUUUUCCGUGCAAUCAAGAAGGGGGCUUUUGAGUUUGUUCAAGAUGUAUUGAGAGCGAAUCCAGAGCUUCUAUGGAUCCGUGAUGGCAAUUCAAGAAAUAUAUUCUCAUAUGCUGUCCUAUGCCGCCAAGCAGAAAUCUUUAGCCUUAUAUAUGGAAUAGAUAUGAAAAACAGAAUGGCACUUGAACAGGAUUCCUCCUUGAACAAUAUAUUACAUAUGGCAGGGAUGCCACCAGUUUCCAAUAUGCUUGAUGACAUAUACAAGCUGGCGCAGCUUUUCAAAUCCAAAGAGAACUACAAUGGACAACUGACACGAAAUGUGGUGAGGAAGACAAAUAUAGGACAAGCAAAAAACCAAACUUUAGGUAAUAAGGCACGAAUUCAACCAAAUGAGGAAUCUCAUUGA